AUCGGGUGGGAUGCGGAACAACAGUGAAACGCAGAAAGUCUUGAAGCAAAACCCUUAAGGGAACCCCAAGGAACAGACAAAAGUGAUUGCAUCGUCAGCGAAUUUUUGGUGUAAUUUCUGUGGAAAGUGCUUAAAAGAACUAAAGUUUCUUACGAGUUUUUAAAAUGGGUUUUAUUUCUUCUAAAGAAAUUUAAUAAAGCAAACCAUGUUAAUGAGACUAAAAGAGUGCUUAAAGUGGAUUAUAAUGAUCUAAUUUCUACCGAAAAGAUCCCCAACGAAGUUGGUCUUAAGAUUCUCAGAGUGGAUUCUUAUGAACAGAGUUCUAUCUGCAACUGAAAACUUAAGUUUAAAGUUCUUAAUGAGCAGAAGUUCCAGACACAUCUGCAAAGAGAAUUCCAGACCUUUUAAUGUGAAACAUUUAUCUGUUCUGCAAACUUUCCCAAAUACGUUCCACAAUACGGUCCACGACGCGAUCCACAACAUAAUUUUAAAUAUAUUUUAGUGGAUGAUAGAGAACAAAGUUUAAUACGAUCCACAUCCAAUGCGAUCUGCAAAGAUCUAAAAUCCGAAAAGUAUUAUCUCUCAAAACUAAAACGAUCCCCAAAUAAAAUCACGCUCCGAAAUCCUCAAAAAUCGCCCUCAAAAUGUCAAAUAUCGGCUGCUUUUUGUGGUUGCUCUCAUUGCUGCUUUUGAUGAGUCCAAUUUCAACAUCGAACAGCCGACGAAUCCGAGGAGAGAAUCGCUCCGACCGACUCCUAGCGGACAUAGGAGUCCAUGCGCAGAGGUACGAUCCAAGAAAACUGGACAAUGGUCUACAACAGUACACGACCAUCGACAGAGAUCUACGGCAUUUAUUCGUGGGCACGCGACGAGUUUUGUUGAAUUUUGCACUGCGAAAUAUCGAGGACCUAACGAAUCGAAAUAUUCGCGAGGGAAAGAUACAGCUACCCAUCUCCAAGAGGAAGCCAUUUCCAUGUCCAGUGAACAACACGAGAUCCGAGAGUCCGCCCACAUCGGUGGAGAGGCUGCGCCCUGGAGAUAUCGAUAUCAUAGCCGCCUUCGGCGACUCGCUAUCGGCGGGAAAUGGCAUUCUAUCGAAUAAUAUCGCGGAUAUGCUCAAUGAAUUUCGUGCCUUGAGCUUCUCCGGUGGCGGCUUGGAGAACUGGCGCAAGUAUGUGACGCUCCCGAAUAUCCUGAAGAUAUUCAAUCCGAAAUUGUAUGGCUUUUCGGUGGCCAAUAGUUUGGUGGUCAAUCACCCAUCCUCACGCUUCAACAUUGCCGAGCCCAUGAUCAUGUCGAGGGACUUGCCCUUCCAGGCCCGGGUCCUCAUCGAUCUGCUGCACCGCGAUCCGAAUGUGGAUAUGCAGCGGCACUGGAAGCUGCUGACAGUCUAUGUGGGAAAUAACGACCUCUGCUCGGACAUGUGCCACUGGGAUGAGCCGCAGGCGCUGCUCGACCAACAUGCCAGAGAUCUGCGACAGGCCUUUCGCCUCCUGCGGGACAAUGUGCCCCGUUUGCUCAUCAAUCUGAUCGUGGUGCCGAAUAUACUCCUCACCCUGAAGGCCAUGAAGCAGAUACCCUUCCAGUGCUUUGUGGUGCACCGCGUGGGCUGCCACUGCUUGAUGAAUGAUCGCCUGAAUCGGACGCAGCAAAGCCAACUCAUGGACACCCUGCAGCGCUGGCAGCAGGUGGAUCUGGAGGUGGCCCGUCUGGCAGAGUUCCACCGCGAGGACUUUGCCGUUGUGGCGCAUCCCAUGCUGGCCAAUAUCACGGCUCCAAGGCUGAAGAACGGCCUCACCGAUUGGCGCUUCUUCUCCCACGACUGCUUCCACUUCAGUCAGCGGGGGCAUGCCAUCAUCUCGAACAUGCUGUGGAACAGCAUGCUCCUCCCCGACGAUCGCAAGCCGCGACCCUUCACCAUUCCAGGGCUGUUCGAGAGCACCGUGUGUCCCAGCGAAGAGCAGCCCUACUUUGCGGUGAGGCCUGGCUAAAACAGGGCGCCUCCGUCCUCCCCGAAGGUUGCAGUGGGGUUUGGGUUUCGUUGCUGGUUGCUGAAUCGAAGGUUGGAGCUGUCUUGUGAUAUAAGGUUACAUUUUAAGGUUUUACUCUUAAGUUUUGUGAUUAUUAAAAAAUGAAUCAAGGUA